AUGAAGCUGUUCAUUCUAUCAAUUGAUUUUUCUUUGUUUUUUUUUUUUGUUUUUCUUUUGUUGCUUUUUUUUGGUUUUAUUUGUUGUUUUUUUUUUUGGUUUUCUUUGUUGCUUUUUUUUUUGGUUUUCUUUGUUGCUUUUUUUUUUGGUUUUCUUUGUUGCUUUUUUUUUUGGUUUUCUUUGUUGUUUUUUUUUGUUUUCUUUGUUGCUUUUUUUUGUUUCCUUUGUUGCUUUUUUUUUUUGGUUUUCUUUGUUGCUUUAUUUUUUUUUGGUUUUCUUUGUUGCUUUAUUUUUUUUUGGUUUUCUUUGUUGCUUUAUUUUUUUGGUUUUUCUCCCCUUUAUUUUUUGGUUUCUUUGUCACCCCUUUAUUUUUUUUUUGGUUUUCUUUGUUGCUUUUCUUUUUGGUUUUCUUUGUUGCUUUUCUUUUUGGUUUUCUUUCCCCUUUUCUUUUGGUUUUCUCCCUUUUCUUUUGGUUUUUUUUUUGCUUUUCUUUUGGUUUUCUUGCUUUUCUUCCCCACUCCCCUUUAUUCCUUUUUUUUUUUUGUUUUCUUUUGUUGCUUUUUUGUUUUUCUAUUUGCUUUUUGGGGGUUGUUGCUUUUUUGGUUUCUUUGUUGCUUUUUUUUUUUUUUUUUUCUUUGUUGCUUUUUUGUUUUCUUUGUUGCUUUUUUUGGGGUUGUUGUUGCUUUUUUUUGUUUUCUUUGUUGCUUUUUUUUUGUUUUCCUUGUUGCUUUUUUGUUUUCUUUGUUGCUUUUUUUUUUUUUUUUCUUUGUUGCUUUUUUUUUUGUUUUUCUUUGUUGCUUUUUUUGUUUUCUUUGUUGCUUUUUUUGUUUUCUUUGUUGCUUUUUUUGUUUUCUUUGUUGCUUUUUUUGUUUUCUUUGUUGCUUUUUUUGUUUUCUUUGUUGCUUUUUUGGGGGGGUUGUUGCUUUUUUUGUUUUCUUUGUUGCUUUUUUUUUGGUUUUCUUUGUUGCUUUUUUUUUGGUUUUCUUUGUUGCUUUUUUUUUUUUGUUUUUUUUUGUUGUUCAUUGUUGA